AUGCCCGCGCCCGCGUCCGGGCCGACGCGAGGGACGAGCGACCUGGACGCGCGCGAUGGGGACGCCGCGUCGACGUCGACGACGACGGCGUGGAAUCAUUUGUUGAAUAAUCCAUCGUCGUAUAACUUUGCGCCGAAACUCGCGCGGGCGAACGCGCGGGCGGUGAUCGACGCCGUGCGCGCGCUCGGGGAGGGAAGCGAUUCGGUCGGUGGUGACGAUGGCUCGAUCGCGCGCACGGCGUUGGCGAUGGAUGCGUCGUUUCGCGAUGGGUUGAUUCGGUGCUCGCCGGAUGUCGUGACGCGGUUGAGACGCGAGGCGAACGUGACGACGUUUUACGGAUUGGAGGCGUGGGGGGAGAUUCCCGAGAGCGAUGAUUCCACGGUGAUCGUCUUCGCGUGUCGACCGCAGUUGGCGAACAUGGUGACGGUGGCGGAACACGUGCGGUCGGUGCGAAGACGCAGGGACGCGGCGUUGAGAGCGCGCGCGGAAGAAGUGGCGAGCAGGGAUAGGGGGAAACGAGCGACGAGCGCGGUCGAGGGGUUAUUAACGCGCGUCGCGAGCGCAACCGGACGCGGCGUGAAGAGGGGUGGGAAGGAAUCGGAUUCGAGUUCCAACGCGAAUCCAGACGCGGAUGGAUUUCCUGAAAUUCCACCGCUGCCAAAGAUGUACGUCCUGUGCGCGCCGAGGGUGACGGAGAUGUGCGAGCACGCUCUGCGGGAUCUUCACGCCCUAGACUAUGUCACCAUGGUGCAGUGCGAAUGCGAUUUGGUACCGCUCGAACCGGACGUGUUCACGAUGGAGUAUCCCGAGGCGUACAGCGAAAUCGUCACCGAGGAAUGGCACGCGAGCGCGUACUACGUCGCCGCGGCGCUGCACAAAUUACAACGCGAUUUCACCGGGCUCGCGCCCGUGGUUAAGGGCAAGGGCGACGUCGCGCACAAAGUGGCGCAGUUAUUGCUCGAGAUGCGCUUGGGGGUGGAUCCCGUUAUCGAGGAACCGGCGUUCGUCGAGCCGGGCGUCGACUGUGACUCUCUGAUUGACAUGAUCGUUCUCAUCGACAGAGACGUCGAUAUGGUGACUCCGCUGUGCACGCAGCUGACGUACGAGGGAUUGAUUGACGAAAUCUUGGGUAUCGAAAAGGGCGCGGUGGCGAUUCCACAGCGUGCGUUCGAUGGGGAUGGAAAAAAGAAGGACGUCGUGAAAACCGACGAUCCGGCGAAACGGGAAGAAAAGUACGUGCGCGCUCGCGCGCACAAAGCAGGGCCGAUUGCGAUGCGACCGAAACUCAACAACACCGACAGACUGUUCGAUCAGAUACGUGAUAUGAACUUUGGUCGAGCGUGUAACGUGAUCCGUGACCUGGCGACGGCCAUCAAGGAGGAUUACGACGCGAUUAAAGGAUCGAACGUUGAGGAUCAACACGUGAGCGAGAUUGGCGACUUUGUGAAGAAAAUCAAGGCGAACAUCGGGGGAACGGGCUUGGACUUACACGCAACGCUCGCCAAGUACUUGAUUGAUUGUACGAAGAAAAAGUGGUUCCAAAAUCGCCUCGAAUGCGAGAGACUGUGCGUCGAGGGGGAAGACUUGCAGACGGUGAUGGAUCACCUCGAGACGAUGAUUUAUCGCGGCGACGAGGCGAUACCGUGCCUGCGGAUGGUCGUGUUAGCGUGCGUGUGUUUCAACGGCUUCCCACCGAAGAUGCACGAAAAAAUCUUUUCGGACCUGUUCAACGCGUUCGGUCCGGAGAUUCUUCUCAAGCUCGAGGCGCUGGAAACCGCGGGAUUGUUUGUCGAUCGGGAGACGGCGAAGAAGCGCUCGCGGGGAUUUGCGCAGAUGCGAAAACCGCUCAAGCUCAUCGCCGACGGCGUGGACGGAUCGGAGGAGCCAAAUGAUAUCACUUUUGCUUAUUCAUCGUCCGGAUACGCGCCUUUGAGCGUGAGGCUCGUCGAGGCCGCGACGCGCGGUUCGUGGAAAUCCAUCGCUCCGAACAACUCGGGCGAGGACUUGUUGAAACACUUACCCGGGGAGUUGUUCGAGUACACACAGGGGGAAAACGAUUACGGGCGCCCCGUCAACUCAAAGGUGAGCUACCGCGAGUUCAACAAGAGACGUGAGAAAGCCGCCCCGCUCGACGGUAAAGAUGAGCUCUGGCCGAAACCGACGGUUAUGGUAUUCUUCAUCGGCGGCGUCACAUACGCCGAGAUCGCGUGCUUGCGUCACCUGGCGAAAAAGCGGCAGUGUGGAUGCAACUUUGUCAUCGGCACGACGAAGAUAUUCCAAGGCGACGCGUUGAUCGAUACGUGCGGUGAGGACAUCGAGCGUCUCGAAACGCGUCUCCGCGUCGACGAGAUAGCCGGACGCGGAGAACGGAUCCGCCUGUGA